CCCGGUCACUAUGAACAAUGGCCCAGCUAUACUACAAAAAAGUAAACUAUUCACCGUACAGAGAUCGGAUCCCAUUACAGAUUGUGCGAGCGGAGGCAGAGCUCUCACUGGAAGAGAAGGCCUACCUCAGCGCUGUGGAGAAGGGGGACUAUGCCAGUGUGAAACAUGCCUUGCAAGAGGCAGAGAUCUAUUACAACAUCAACAUUAACUGUAUGGAUCCUCUUGGUCGCAGUGCCCUUUUAAUAGCCAUAGAGAAUGAAAAUCUGGAGAUCAUGGAGCUGCUUUUGAGCCACAGUGUGUAUGUGGGAGAUGCUCUGCUGUAUGCAAUACGGAAAGAGGUGGUGGGAGCUGUGGAACUGCUGCUGAAUUACAGAAAGCCAAGUGGUGAGAAACAGGUUCCAACCUUGAUGAUGGACACCCAGUUUUCAGAAUUCACUCCAGAUAUCACCCCAAUAAUGCUGGCGGCUCACACCAACAACUAUGAAAUCAUCAAACUGCUUGUCCAAAGACGGGUAACAAUUCCACGCCCACACCAGAUCAGAUGCAACUGUGUGGAAUGUGUCUCCAGUUCGGAGGUGGACAGCCUGAGGCAUUCUAGGUCAAGGCUGAACAUCUACAAAGCCUUAGCCAGCCCUUCGUUGAUUGCCUUAUCAAGUGAGGACCCUAUCUUGACGGCCUUCCGACUGGGCUGGGAGCUGAAGGAGCUCAGCAAAGUGGAAAAUGAGUUCAAGGCUGAAUAUGAAGAGCUUUCACAGCAGUGCAAGCGUUUUGCUAAGGACCUUUUGGAUCAAGCACGGAGUUCCCGAGAAUUAGAGAUCAUUCUCAAUCACAGAGAUGAUCAAAGUGAAGAGCUGGAUCCCCAAAAAUGUCAUGAUUUGGCAAAGCUAAAGGUAGCAAUAAAGUAUCACCAGAAAGAGUUUGUUGCUCAGCCAAACUGUCAGCAGCUACUAGCAACACUUUGGUAUGAUGGUUUUCCAGGAUGGAGGCGGAAACACUGGGCAGUAAAACUCUUGACCUGUGUCACCAUUGGACUGCUAUUUCCUGUGCUAUCUGUGGCAUAUCUGAUUGCACCGAAGAGCAGGCUGGGACUGUUCAUUAAAAAGCCAUUUAUAAAGUUUAUCUGCCACACAGGAUCUUACCUAACCUUCUUAUUCAUGCUCCUGCUGGCAUCACAGCACAUCGUCAGGACUGACCUUCACAUGCAGGGACCGCCUCCCACCAUCGUGGAGUGGAUGAUCCUGCCCUGGGUUCUAGGUUUUAUCUGGGGAGAAAUCAAGGAAAUGUGGGAUGGUGGAUUCAAUGAGUACAUACACGACUGGUGGAAUCUGAUGGAUUUUGCAAUGAACUCCCUCUAUCUUGCAACUAUCUCCCUUAAAAUUGUUGCCUACGUCAAGUAUAACGGUUCUCGUCCAAGGGAGGAAUGGGAAAUGUGGCACCCGACUCUCAUUGCAGAAGCCCUCUUUGCAAUAUCCAACAUUUUAAGUUCCUUGCGUCUCAUAUCCCUGUUUACAGCAAAUUCACACCUGGGACCCUUGCAGAUUUCUCUGGGACGCAUGCUGCUAGACAUCCUUAAAUUCCUUUUUAUCUACUGUCUGGUGCUUCUGGCUUUUGCCAAUGGACUGAACCAGCUUUAUUUUUAUUAUGAGACCAGUGCCUCGGAGGAACCCAACAACUGCAAGGGGAUCCGAUGUGAGAAACAGAACAAUGCCUUCUCCACACUUUUCGAGACCCUCCAGUCACUCUUCUGGUCUGUGUUCGGUCUGCUGAAUCUCUACGUCACCAAUGUGAAAGCCAGACAUGAGUUCACAGAAUUUGUUGGGGCCACUAUGUUUGGGACCUACAACGUCAUCUCCCUUGUUGUGCUGCUGAACAUGCUCAUAGCCAUGAUGAACAACUCCUACCAGCUCAUUGCUGACCAUGCAGAUAUUGAGUGGAAGUUUGCACGGACAAAGCUCUGGAUGAGUUACUUUGAUGAAGGUGCCACUCUGCCCCCUCCUUUUAACAUUGUCCCAAGUCCCAAGUCAGUCUGGUACCUUUGCAAAUGGAUUCACAAUCAGCUGUGCCCAGGCAAUGACUCUGACAAUGAACAGAAGAGGCAUGAAAACCUCAAAACAUUCACAGAACGCCAUGCUGACAACCUGAUUCAGAAUCAGCAUUACCAGGAAGUGAUAAGAAAUCUUGUGAAAAGAUAUGUUGCAGCAAUGAUAAGGACUUCCAAAACCAAUGAAGGUUUAACUGAAGAAAAUUUCAAGGAAUUGAAACAGGACAUCUCAAGUUUUCGCUAUGAAGUUCUUGACCUCUUAGGAAAUAGGAAGCCCCAGAGGAGAAGUUAUUCUACCAGCAGCACAGAGGUGUCCCAAAAGGAUGAAACAAAUGAGGAUGGUGCAGGAGAAAAAUCCAAAACCAAGAGCGUGUCUUUCAAUGUAGCCAACAAAAAAAAGGACUUCAAUGUGUCUGCGCUAAUUAAAACUAUGUCUGGGAUCGAUAUGGUGGAAGAGAAGCCAAAAAGCAACGGGAUCAGUAAGCGCUCCUUUGUCCGAAAUGGAAAUAGAGUGCAGAGACUUUCCAGCUCCAAGAAGGAGUCCUUUAAGAGACUGGGCCUGCUUUUCUCCAAGAUGAAUGGACAUGUACCUGAACCAAAUUCAGAACCCAUGUACACUAUUUCAGAUGGAAUUAUUCAGCCACACUACAUGUGGAAAGACAUUAAAUAUUCUCAGAUUGAUAAAGAGAAAGAAGAGAAUUGUUCCAAAAGUGAAAUUAACCUCAAUGAGGUGGACUACAGCAGGAACACAAGACACACAGGACAGAGCAAGGAGUGCCCUGUGGUUUGUACCAGCUCCCUUCACUGUGCUUCCAGUAUUUGUUCCUCUAAUUCCAAACUUAUAGACUCGUCAGAGGAUGUGUUUGAUUCAUGGGGAGAGGCCUGUGACUUGUUUAUAAACCAGUGGAAAGAGGGGCAGGAGGAUCAUGUUACAACUCGGCUAUAAGUAGUUAUCUUACCACUCACUGGAAAACUUAGCCAAUUAUUUGUAAUUGUUUGCUCUCAUCUGAUUCAGCAUUGCUCUUUGAAAAAAAAAAAAAAAAAGAGUAGAACUACUUAUGUUAGCUUAUUUUAUAGCCAUCUGCACCUUUUUUAAUUUACUUUUUUUAUACUCACAAAUACUAAACUAAAGGUGUCACCAUUUAUAAGGUCCCUAUAAACCACAGGAAUCCCUUUGGAUGCAGUCUGAGUCUUCAAACCCCACAGACUUCAGACACGCUGGUGGCCAAGUAAAGGAUUUCUCCAGUGCUCAUCAUCAUCCCACCGCCGCUGGGUUAUCACUGCUGCUAUCCAACACGAUUGGCUCUGCGUCCUGCUCGGUUUUCCUUGUCAACACAACCAGCUGGUGAGCAGUGGCUGAGAACCAUAUUUAAAAUCUUUUCAGAAAGAGUUUCUACUUAUAACUGGCUUUUUGUUUUCUUUAAGCAAUACAACCUCUGGUUCUUUCAGCUGUGUGUGGUUUUUCAGGUUAUUAUAUUAAUAUUGUAAAUUGGUACUGAAUAAGAGACCCUUUUGAUCACCCAGCUAGAACAUGUUAUGAUUUGCCUACUUACAUAGUUCCCAUAAGAAAUUCCCCCGGUAGGGAGCAGAAUCACCUUUGAGUUAGGCUGACACUGGAAGCCAGCACCUGGCCUUGCUACCAACUUCUGUGUAGAAAAACUGACCCCAAACCAGCUGUGGCUGCUUGAAACACAAACAUCACAGCCCUGAGCCUGGCCCUUACACCACACCCCUUGAGCUGUAUCUGUUUUUUAAAAUUCCUAAUCUUACUUUCACUGCUGCAGAGAGGAUUUUUCUGCCUCUCUGGUGGGUGUCAGGCUUUAGGAAGAAAACCAUCUUCCUGGUAUAUGGCAAGUGCUAGGAUAGAUCAUCUUCCCUGGGCCUGUGAGCUGCAUUUCUGAAAAGCAACCUAAGCAAUAGCAGCUCAAACUGCAUCUGACAGCCUGGGAAGUCUCUGUAGUUCCUUUCCUAAGGUGCAACAAAAAGGAGUGCAGUGGUAGAUGUUAGCUUUUAUUCCCCCAGUCGUGGCAGUGUCUGGACAGGGCCUAGCAAUGUCACUGCUUUUGUUCUACAGAGCAUCAGAGAGCAGAGAAGACAACCCCAUCAAGGGCAAAAUGGUUGAAUUUUUAAUAGUGAUUUUGGUUUUUUUUUUAAACAAUGUAAUACUUGAACUUUCUUCUGCAGUGUUGCUAAGAAACACAGAUGACUGGCACUUACUUACCACCACUUCAGAGCCGUUAUUAGUCAGUUGCUUUCUUAGAGGAAGCAAGUCCUGACGGGGAGCUCAGAGCCAGCCUUCCCGAAUGGCAGAGCUGCGUUACUGCUCUCGCGCAGUCACGCGUAAGGCUCUGCUCCCGGGAGAGGGUACAUGAGCUGGAGCGUAUCCCAAGGGCGGUUGCCAACAAUCACCUCUUCUGUGAAGUGGGUUGUGAAUUGCAUUUGUAAAAGCAUAAUGCUGGAAAAUCUACACCUGCCAUUGGCACUGGUCAGAUUUUACCAGCGCGGGGCAGGAGCGGCUCUCAUGGCAGCGUGGGGGUCAGGAGGAGAGGGAUUUCUCACUACAGCAGGCCCCACAGAAGCAAAGCUGCACCUGCAGCUGGAUACUCUGCCUGAGUUUUAAAUCUGGCUCCCUCCUCUUGUUAAGGAAAACCACCUCAGUGGAUUUUCCCUUUGGGCGCCUAUACAGCAUUACCUAAAGGUCAGGAUGGAGCACACUUGUAUUGGAGAGAUAAAUGUGAACCGUGCAGCAGCUCCUGUAGCAGAGUUGCAGAUGCUAACACUCUGGGAAGUUUUCAGGACAGACCUCAAUGUGGAGACCAUGGCUCUAGGCCAGCUCUGGUGUUAAGAAAAUCAGCAACAGGGAGCAGAGACUCAAAAACGUUUCUGUACUCCUUGCUUAUAAAUGACACCAGUCUUGUUUCCAGCAUGCAGUAUAAAGCCCAAAAUAUUUAAGCUUCUAGACAUGUUAGUGAAGGCAGAGUGAAAAGCAACAGAUUUCAGGCUUUCAUACUAAUUGCAGGGUUAGAGUUGUCUUUGAAAACUGCAUCUCCUCUUCCUUUACGAAAGGCUGAGCAAACUAACAUUGGCACUACACAAGGAGACUUGCAAAAAUCUGAGGGUCAGAAGCAGCUUGCUGAUCAUUUGUGAAGAAAUCCAGCACCCCUGCCUUUUAAGAGGUGAAAACAUCAAUACACAAGAGCUGCAGUCAGAAUCGACCACGAGCAAUUCUCAAAGUAGCUCACCAUAAAAGUCCUACACUGUAAUAAACCAAACUGAGCACAUUUCUGGAAAGACGAACAUUAGCAAGAGCUGCUACAGGGGGGUGAAGGAAAGGAUUUGAAUCAUUUUAUGCCUCACCUCACCACACUGCAGUUUAUGAACUCUACUUGACAUGGGGCCAGCAAAUCUUUAUGGUAUUUCCUGUGUAAUGAGUAAGAAUGAAAACAAUUCAAGUAUGGUCAUGCAGACUGCAUCAACUGAGUUCAAGGCUGAGAUAGAAGCAGGGUUCAUAUCCUUGGACAGGGGAAAGGCUUUUAAGAUUUCCAUGAGAGCAAGCAUAUUGCUACUGGUGAUGAUUAUAUUGUGUCAUUCGAAUGCAGCACUGCAUUAACAGGUACAAAUAACAAAAUGAAAUGCAAUUAACUCUGCAGUGGUGCCCCCUCAAAAUACAAAAAUUGACACCAUGCAGCGCAAAUCCCUUCUGUGCAAACUGUGUGAGUCAUGUUCUCCUGCUGUGUCCUGAAAGGGCAGGGGUAGGAACUGCCACAUUGGAGUACCACGAUGGAUAACGCAGUCUGCAGAAAUCUCUCGAUAACGUUAUGUUAAAGGCAAGAGGUACGUCACAAGGCUGCUUGGCUUCGGCUCCCCUGGGAUUUGUUUCAUGACUCAGAUACUUCCUAGCUCCCAGCUAUGAGCUAGUCUGAGUUUACUUUGGGAUUUAACACAAAUAUUUGAUUUGGCUGUGAUUAAUACAUGUGUCCAGGAGUUUGCAAAACUGUCAGAUUGGCCCCCCAAAAGGCAAAACUCUAUGUGAUUGCAUCUAUGCAUCCCCUUUGGUAGCAAUAGACUUUAUAGCAGCUGGUGAAUUAUUAUUAUUACUCUAAAACAGGAGCUUCAGGGGAAGGAAAUUAAAGUAUCUUUUGAAAAAUAAUUUGAUAAGCAAAACCUGGGGUUUUUUUUGGUUUUUUGUUUUUUUUUAAUUCACUUGCAGUAACAGUAUUUGGGAUUUCACUAGCAUUUUUCCAUUUCUCAAAAAGAAAACAUGUUUUAGUGAAAGUUAUUCUUUCCUUCAGCGAAAUCAGUGAACUACCCCUGUGCUGUCUGCACAAGCAACCAGGGUAGGAACUGGUGGGACACUUGGAGCUUCUCUUGUGAGGAGUUAAACUUCUCCUUGGCUUGGGUUCAAGAUGCACAGCUGUGCUCCAGCUGGUACAUGCCUGGCCUUUAUUCUGUGGGCUUCAAUAAUAAUCCUUACACUUAUGCAAGGAAUUUGGAAUUAGGGAUAAUAGAGAUCUCAAUCCCUUGCCCUUGCUCUUAAAGAUGCGUUAUUUCUCACUUUCCAUCCCCAGUGUCAUUUUCACCUGGCUUUUUAAAGCAGCAAACCUACAAAUGAUCACCUAUUAAAAAGUGAACAAAUAACUUCCAGGGUUGAGAAUAUCAAAUAGAGCUAGGAGGUGUUUGUACUCAGGUCAGAGAUUAAAGAAGUUGUUUCAGAAACAAGAAAUUAACUGACAUAUCUCUGCAGAUAUUUGGAUAAUUGCAUUUGUAUAUUAUUCACUUACCGAUAUCUAUGUAAAUACUCAAGUAUUUGUAUAUGUGGUCCCUAAGAGGAAGCAUGCACAGCGGUUGGAGCACAGGACUGCUGAGGUCUGUUCCCAGCUCUGCCACUGACUCACCUGUGACCUUGGGCAAGUCACUUAGCCUCUCUAAUGCCUCAGUUUCCCCAUCUGUAAAAUAGGGAUAAUAAUACUUACCUACCUCGCAGGGGGGGUUAGUUCAUUAUUUAUAAGCACUUUCAGAUCUUCAAAUUAAAGGCGCUAUAUACAGUAAGAAGUUAAUAUUCGUAGCAGUAGUAUGUACUUUUAUUUUCUUACAACUAAUUCAGGUUAGGAUUUAACUGUAUGUCUGUUAUGAUAGUUUUCCAUGUAGGAAACUAGCAUGGUUUCCCACAAAGGGAAUUUAGGGGACUUCCGCAGUAGACAGAGAGCAGGAGCAGCAUACCCUGGAAGCCUAAACGCUAAACACUCUUGCUUUUGUGAUUUAUGUCUCACCCUUAAUGUCACCUCACUGUAUUUGUGUUUCAUCUUUUUUCUGAUGGUACAUGUAAUAUAAUUUUUAGCAGAAACAGCCACUGUAAAUAUUAAAUACUAUUUAAAUAAAUAUAUUCAUCUAUAAAUAUACCUUUUAAAGAGGUUAAAAUUGGUUGAUGCAACACACUUGUAAGCAUGGAGAGGUUCCACAGGCAGCCCAGGACGGAUGCAUGCACGCACACAGGGCAGGAUGCUGGAAUCGGGCUAUAGGAAAAUGUCACCAGAUGUUAUCACCUCCUUCACAUUCACUUUUCACCCCACUGCUGGCGAGGGCAGCAAGUCACACAGGUGACAGGGUGUGGCGGGAGGGUGUGCAGUGUGCUGGGGCCAAGGGAGGCUGUGCCUGGAGCUGAGCUGCCCUGCUGCUCCGUUUUCCCGAGGGGCUGGGUAGGGCAGCUCCAGCAGCACUGUGUCCCCAGCAUGAUGGCUGCUGGAGGAACCCCUCCCAGACAGCAGGAGACUGUCUCCUGUGUCCCUACGAGGGGGCUCUUUGCCCUGAUUUCUCUGUAGGUACAAUUUGUUUUUCUUUAGUGCUGACUCAGGAAAAAGGUCUUUGGUUUGAGUGACAGAACUCCCAAGAUUUGACUUGCAGGGUCAGGGCACUAUGAGCAUUUGGAGCUCCCUUCCAGGAACACAAGCAGUUGCAGGGUAUCUGCACCAGGGAUUGGGACAGUUACUAAUGGCAUAAGCAAGGAUCUGAUUUACUUCUGGGUUUUCUAGCAGGUGGAAAACUAGACGAGCACCUGCUGCUCUCACACCAUUAACUGUAUGUCCCAUUUCCCUCCGGACUUUCUCAGCUCUGCUUUGAAGUUUCUACUUUCCUUUUUGGAAGGCCAAAAUCCCUCCCCAAAGCAUAUUUCAAUUAACCCAGAAGAGGUGCAAUUUUUGUUUCAUUUCUGGCUGAGUUCUCCUUCAACCAGUUCACUUCUCCUGCAGCAUGCUAACACUUUUUCAGAGAGGCCCAUGAGGAAGCUCCACGCAGCCUCAAAGCUGAUUUCCAAAGAAACGGGAUCACCCUUCCACUUCCAUUGCAAUUCCCCAGUCAAAUAGAAUGGCAAAAAAUAAGCAAAACCAUCCAAACCACUAGGGCUGCCUAGAAUGAAUGAAAAUUGAUAUCUCUAGAGCUGUUUCAGGGGUGGCUGUACUGCAAGGACCCCUCCCUCACAAGAGGGGCCACCCAGCACCAUGGCCACAGCCGAGCCACAGCAGGUUGCAGCUUGCCCAGGUGUGCUGGAGGCAUCAGCAACUCUCAUUCAUGUAAUGGUAAAAUUAAUUGGAAUUGGUGAGACUACAGAGAAUAACAAAUCAGCUCACUACAGGAGCAUCUAAAAUAAACUGUUACCAAAAUAAGCCGUAGUUUUCAGCAAAUGUGUAACUUGAAACCUAACAACUAUAAAGUCAAUCAAUGGAUUUUGGUUUUGGGGAGGAGGCGAGGAGCACUCUAGGCUAGCCACAUUAACAUAUUUUCUAAUAAUUUGUAAUUUGAUUCAGUUUCAUUUUCACACUACUACUUUCCCCAUUUCAGGCCAUUACACUUUUGCAAACAAGGCAUUUAUUAUUAUUUAUUUAUUAUUAUUAUUUAUAUUAUUCACAUAAUUGCCUCACCCAGAACUGCUGCUGCUCUGGAGUAAAUUCAUGACCAAGAAGGACUAUUUUAAAAAGAGAACAUGCUUUAUCUAAAAAAGUAUGUAAGUGUUUGAUCCUUAUCUUCCAAAUGUCUGAUGGUAUUUUAUGCUUCAGGGAAACAAAACCCCCAACCCAUAACAACAAAUGAACCCCCCUGACAUAGCUCAAACCACCCACAAUUGUAAAAGCCAAAUUGAUCUUGCAGUUCUUUCUUUACAUACAGAACCUGCUCAAUCAAUGGCUCACCAAUGACAGAAACCUGUGCAGCCCGUUCUGCCUGGCCAGCACAUCCUCCUUCAGCAUGCCUUAUUUUGUUUAUUUUGGGGAUUUUUUUUUUCCCCUCUCCCAUUUAAAGCAUUUCCAUGUUAGCAGUAACUCCUGAGACAGAAGAAACGAUGUGUUUAGACAAGACGUGAUCAAUUGAGGAGCUGGUCUUUUAGCACAUUAGCUAACAGAACACUGUGAUACCUUUAGCCAAUGGAGUGAAAUGCCUUUUGACUAUAAAUAGUUGUUUUUGAGCAAGGGGGCACUUUUUGGUCUAGCUAUUUUUUGGGUAUUGUACAGUCUUAUUUAAAAACUACUGAAUGUGUUUAUAAGGCGGGUCUGGGAACCAGAGGGCAAGGGAUCUUUGAGAAGCAAAGAAUAGUAGCAGAUGCCUCAGCACUCUCUUUUCUAUAUGGCAAGCCCUAGAGACCCAGGCUUACUCUGCAAACAGUUUUUUUAGCAAUCGAGUUUUAAUAUCAAAUCUUCAUUAAAAAAAGCUAUCACAGAAACAGCUUCGCACCUGAGCAUAUUUUAAACUACCAUUUUACGUCAUGGGAUAAAAAAAAGUGAGGCUUUUUUUUUCCUCCCACUUUAUUUUAGUUUUGGUCAAAAACGUGAUGGCCUUUCCCAGGCAAAAGAGCUUUUAGAUGUUGCAAGAAUUUUGUGUAUGUGAAGACAGAGCGGGGACCUCAGCAUUUGCCAGUUGAAUAGUAAUAGCCACCCCUAGAGAAAGGGCGGGGAGGAAAGGGGAAAAGCAAAAAGCAAAAACAAAUGCUUAAUUUUAUGUACUUUUCUACUCGCAUCUCUUCUGUCCAUAGUGCAGACUCCAUGUCAUAACUUCAUAUAACAUGUAAAAAUGAAAUGAUGUACAUAAUAAAAUUAUUUAUUUUAUGUGUAUUUUUAGCUUAACUGUAAACUGAAAAAAUUUAAUUUUUUUUCCCAAAAAUGUAAGCCUAUUGAAAUUCAAGGUGUUUCUACCUUUUCAGAUGUAACAUUUCCAGCUGCCUAUUGAUAAUAAACA